AUGCGAACUAUUUUGAUUAUUUUUCAAUUUUUCGGAUUUGCCUAUAAUCAAAUGAUGGGAUAUCCUUUUGAUUAUUCAUCAAUGUUCCAAGGUAAGAAAAUAUGAAAAACAAAUGAAGUCAACCAGAAAAUGGCCAGACAUCGGGCAUAAAUAUUUUUAGACAGGAGGAAAAAUGGGGAGGGAGAAACUAGAAAAGGGUUUAUUUUCUUAGGAAAUUUUUGUUUUAAUUUGUAGGAUCAUGUUUUCACAGAUUUCUUAUUGUCUCAAGAACAUUUUCAAAAUUUUCCCGAACUGUUCUGAAAAUCAUAUUUUCGAAAAAAAAUGAUUUUUCAAAAAGUGAUUUUUCCAGGAUAUAAUGCUUAUAACCCGCUUUCUGCUUACAGUGGAAUGGGAAUGGGAUUAUACGGUAACUCAUUUGGUCAAAAUGGUUUUGAAAGUUUAUACGGUAAUUCAAUGUACGGAAAUGGAAUGUUCAAUGGAAUGUAUAACAGUUUUGGUAAGUGCCAUUAAAAUUGUGUAUUUCCCUCUAUUUUCUCAACUCUUUUGGGAAUUGUUUUAGGCGGAGCUGCUAACACAAUGAAUAAUGGACUAUUUGGAACAAGUUUUGGAAACCAACAAAAUUUCGCAGCUAAUAAUAACAAUAACAUGUUUGGUGGAAAUCAAAUAGGAAUGGGAAUGGGAAAUGGUGUGAUGCAGGGUGUAACAACAAAUAAUGGUGUACAUCAAGGAGGAUCAAGUUUGAAUAAUGGGAAUACGAUGAGAAGUUAUGGAAGGAGAAGUAAGCUUCUGACAGGAGUAUUUAUUGGAAUUUUCUUUCGAAAAAUCCGAAAUUGACUUCAAAAACCCCUAUGGGGUUUUCUUUUUCAAACUUUUGAUAAAAUUCGAAUCCCGAACAUAUUUUCUGACUACGGCUCCUCUCGUUUCCCAAGGGGUCCUUAAUUAAAUAGAACCCCUUUAUACAAUUAGGUCUAAAUUUUUUCCAGCUCAAAACUAUAAUUAUGCUGCUCCAACUCGACAAGUAAAUACUCCAUCAGGCUGUGGCUCAUUUGGUUGUCAAAAUGGUGGAUGGAAAGCUGCAUCGAAAUCCUGA